UUUUGGCGGCACGGCGAGCAUCUUUUCCCGCCAUUUUCUCGCCUUGGAGCCGUUCCUUAUAUUUUGACGAUUCGCUUUCUUCCUGGAACCCUUCUCUCUAGAUUUCUGUUCGCCUCUCGUUAAUCGACUUAAUUCUCCUACGCUUCCGGGUUCUAUUCAGCUACACUUGUGUCAGGCGGAAGAAAUCGGUUCUAAUCUGGGAUUAUGACUAAAGAAGAAGCUUUAGUUGAAAGAGAUGGCAUGCAAAUUGAUGGAGGCGGUCCAGAGAGCCGACAAGUUAGGGCAGGCCCUGCAGGGUUUAAUGCUGAUUAUCUCAAAAUUUACUAUGGAAAGCUAUUUCCAUGUGCUGAUAUAUAUAAGUGGCUGUCCUAUGGAAAUGAUGGAAAGCAUCCAGCAUGCGACCACUCAUAUUUUGGUCGAAGAGAGUUUUCGUUCACUCUAGAAAAUGACAUAUAUGUGCGCUUUCAAUCAUUCAAUAAUGCAAAUGAAAUGGAGAAUGCUAUCAAAGAGAAGUGCCCCUUCAAAAUAGAUUUUGGACCUGUCUAUAGUGUAGAUCCUGCAAAAAGGCAUGCAUAUGCACAGGCAGGGAAUAAUGUUUUUACACCUGUAGAAAGGGAGCUUAUUUUUGACAUUGAUAUGUCGGAUUACGAUGAUGUGCGAUACUGCUGCUCUGGGGCUGAUGUCUGCUUGGACUGCUGGCCCUUAAUGACCAUUGCUAUCAAGGUUUUGGAUAGUGCACUUAGAGAUGAUUUUGGUUUCAACCACAUAUUAUGGGUAUAUAGUGGACGUCGAGGUGUCCAUUGUUGGGUAUGUGAUGCAAGGGCAAGAAGGCUCAGCAAUGAACAGAGGGCAUCAAUUGCUGACUAUUUCCGAGUUUACAAGGGUGGUGAAAAUAAUUCGAAGAAAGUAACUUUAACAGGACCAGUUCUUCAUCCUUUUCUUGCAAGAACCUAUACAGAUGUUCUAAGGGGCUUUUUUGAAGAGAAAUUGCUUUGCAGCCAAAAACUACUAGAAUCUGAAGAGAGAUGUCAGAAGAUUCUUGAACUUAUACCUGACGAAUCUAUUGCUGCUGAGAUUCUUGACAGGUGGCAAGGAAAUCGAAGGUCCUCCAUUUCUAAAGAAGAUGUUAAUAAAGCUCGAUGGGAGCAAUUAAAACACAUUUUGCAGACAGGAAAGCAAAAGGCACAAGGGCUUCGUAGGUGUGUAGAAGAGAUUAUUUUCUCUUAUACCUACCCUAGACUUGACAUGGAGGUCUCGAAACACAUGAAUCAUUUGCUGAAGGCGCCCUUUUGCGUCCACCCAAAAACAGGCCGUGUCUGUGUUCCCAUUGAUCCUGACAAUUGUGAUGACUUUGAUCCUACAACCGUCCCAACCCUUUCUGAGCUUUUUGAAGAACUUAACAUGAGUGGAAUGCGAGCAGAGUCUGAGAACGAAUGGGAAAGAACUUCUCUUGGCAAGUCAAUUAGAUUUUUCAGAUCAUCCUUUCUGCACCCACUGUUAAAAUCUUGCAAGGAGGAGAUGGAAAGCUCAUACAGUGCAAAGCUCCAACAAUCGAGAAAUUCCCUGAGCUGGUAGAACGCGUAUGAGCUUCAUAAAUCAUAUAACGAAUGCACAAAAGAAGUGGAAUGGUGGAAAAGUAUUUCCUUGCAUCAUCAGGAGACCGGUGGCGGGGCAAAAAAAAAAAGGAAGGAUUCUGAACAAAUUAGCUUGUACUUUCUACUUAGUAAAUCAAAUCAUGAAUUUGGUGUUUGUUAUUUUCCAGCUGCCUUAGUUUCAUGCUCCCUUAGUUCCUUCGGCCAUCUGCAUCUGUUUAUUUUAGCUGCUACUGGAACAUUGAACACCGAGCAUACUAAGCCUUGUGGUACACUGUUAUCACUUUGCCCUCCCAUAGGAUUGGUGAGGUCAUAGCUGAUGACCUUUGUUUCCUUGUGACGUUGUACGUUAAAGACAAGCAGUGUAUCAACUCUGGUGGCAAUGCACAAUGGAGAGGGAUGAUCCGGACCUGUUAAAUGAUUUCAAACCAA